AUGGAGACAUGCGUUGCAUUCAAACCUGGGCUACUUGAAUUUAUAAAUAAACAGGAGAAUAUGCCCGAAGUUAAUCUGCAGCUCUCAGCGCUCUUAAUAAUGCCCAUACAGCGUGUACCCCGGUAUUCCUUACUGCUUCAAGAACUUGUUACUAUUUACCUUCAGCUAGAUGGUUUAAGUAAUACAGAGGCUAAUGACUGUGCUCUUAGUAUCAUGCAAGCUGCUCAUCAACAUACUAUGAUACCAGAAUACGCAGCCACACUUAUUUUAAAGUUAUGGGAUAAUCAUAAACAACGGCAUUACAGCAUGCCAUCUCAUGAUUCUAAUUUUCCAGUCUUACAACGUUAUAUUCAUCGAAUGAAUGCCUCUACAAUAAUUCUAAUGGCAGGUUUUGCUAGCAUUGUAUCAACUGCAACAUUUUUAAAUGAACAAAUCAGAGUAAGUGAACAAGCAAAUAAAGCUGCAUUACUACAAUCAAGACUUCUUGGAAAAUGGUCUCAUAAUCUGAUUUUAGUACCUGGGCGGAAACUGCUAAAGUAUGGGCUGGUAAAAAAAAAAAACUCACUCGAUGGAAUCGCUGAACCUCGUUUACUCGUGAUAAUGUCUGAUAUAUUGAUAUAUGCUACACCACGAUCUCAAACAGAUUUGGAAUCUAUUUUCAACAACAAUUUUAUUCCCGGUCGUAAAUAUCCCUAUGUUUUAAAAUUCUUUGGGGGUAGAAAGAAUCUAAAGUGCACAAAAUUCACCCGAAUGCUGAAUAACACAGAUCCAUUGGUUCAAUUUUCCAAUUAUUCAAAGUCAAAUUGCUCUCGUAAUUCUGCUACACAAAGCCUAGUCGAUUCGGACGACUGUUUGACGGAUAGCAAAGUAUGCUUUUCGUGUGUUGCUGUCUAUCCCCUUCAUCAUUGUCAUGUCCAAAUUCAUUUUAAACCUCCAUCGACCUUUUUGAAACCUAUUCCUGAAUCUCCUGAAAGCCAGUCAAUUAAAUAUGAUUCAGUAUUCGUUUCCCCUGGCCUUGCUGAGAAUUUCGGUCAUCGCACUGCAUCUACACCACUGGUUUUUGAUGAAUGUUCCUGUGAAAGUAAUUCUAUCGUAAAAUUCGAAUCUAAUUCAGUCAUGAUCUCAAAUGAAGAUGAAUGCAUAUCGAAGCAUUCGAAGUCGUUGAAUGAAUACAGCUUUUCUGUUCAUUGUCGUGAUGCUAGUUUUACAAUUGUUACUGAAACUUUAUCAAAAGCUGAAGAUUGGAUAUUAGGUCUGCAAACAGCCAUUCAAGCAGUUAAAACGGCACGACAGAGUCUUAGGAAAGAAAGUAGUGCUAAAUGGCCAAUGCGUGCUUCAGAUUUUAUUCAGUUUGAACAAUGGUUGGAACAAAAACGCCUAGUGGAAGAGUCUGUUAGGUCUUUUCAAAUCUUUGAAAGUAUGGGAAUGCAUGAACUUGCUGAUGAUAAUGGUCUCCCAUCUUUAAGUGUGUUUGAGUCAUCAAAAAUGGAACGCAAACUUGAAGAAUAUCGUAAACGUAAAUCUAUUGGCUGUGAAGAUGAAAAGGUCAAUCGUCUUUCCUAUUUAUUUUGUGAAACUGGAAGUUAUGAGUUUAAUCCUAAGCAGUCAAAGUGUAUGAAGAAAUGUGGAAUAUCACUGAGCUCAAUUAUAUCCAGAAUUAGAGGAUUUAAACUGAAUGACCCCACAGUCUCUGAUUAUUCUGACAAUUCUGUUCGUCUGUUGUCUGUAACUACCAUUUCUAAUGAACAUGAAAUGAAUUCCGCUUCAGUUAACUCUAAAAAUCCAUUAAACACCAGUGAUCAUUGUUAUCAUUUGGAGAAUACUUUAUCGUAUGCAUUGAGUAGUAAUCGGAAUGAGAUUUAUCCAAGCAAAAAAAAAUAA